AUGAACCUCACUGGGGGCUGCAGUCCUCAGGCAACGUGUGCCGUCGUGAAGACCGAGAAUCGCAUGGUACGCGUGCGCUUCACGUAUGAAGAUCAAGAGUUUGUCGAGACCUUUAUUGUCCUGGAUCUGAGCAGCAGGACGUCGCUGCAGUCGAUGCUAGUACGGGGAGAAAUCGUCGGUGAGGCUGUGCGCUUUGUGGAUCCGGCCGUGGAAGGUCCUUGCACGGCCGUGUUGAGCCUUUCGCUGAACGGUAUCAACUACACUUCGACGCAGAGCCCGUUGCAGUUUACGUGUUAUGUGGAGCCGAUUCUGCGUCGGAUUAACCCAGGGUGGGAUGCGAUGGAAGGAGCCAAUGAUGCGCUGGCGCUGGAAGAUGGAGCACACCCGAGACUUCGGCUGUCAAUUGCUGCAGAUGGCGCGUUGCAGUGCGUGUUCCCAGCCGCGCUUCCAGGGUUCUACGAGCUCGAGGGCAACAUCAUCGCGCACGACUCGAACGCGGCCAUCCAGCCUAUCUGGCCGAACCCGUACUCGCUGCAGAUGGUGGUCGACAACGCACCCUUCGGCAUGUCCGUGAGCUACCCGUAUCGCAACCGCUUCAGCGGCAGCAGCUCCGGAAACAACGGCGCCGUCAAGUUCUACGCGCACGGCCAGGUCCGCGAGUUCAUGUUUUCUGCCGUCGAGAUGCAGCAGAAGCCCAACUUCCAAGUCGUGGACUGGGCCGAUCAAGGCAUGGUGUACACGUCCAUGAAGUACUCGGGGCUCACCCCGCGCCUCGUGUCGAGUGCUGCGAUCUCCAGCGUCAACGGCCAGCCGCUUGGUGGACAAGUGCGCGGCUCCAAGUUCGUGAUCGCGUACAACUCCGGCCAGAAGUGGGUGGUCUACGCACUCUCGAGCGACGGUCGCAUGGAAGACUGCUCCGUUGGUCUGCUGCACUUCGCGAUGAAGCACCAGGUCGAGUCCAUCGACACGAGCGCCGGGGCCCGCAAGGCUUUCACGACGCCGGGCGGCUCGGCCGACCCUGUGUGGGAGAUCAAGGAGACCCAGCCCGUACCCAAAGACUUCUACCCGGUCCGCAAGAUCGCGUUUGCCGUGGCUCAGCAGCAGCGCGUCCUCGACCACCUGCGCGAAGACAUCAACGCCGCGUGGUCCAUUCCGCUUGACGGCAGCUACUACUUCAACGGCAAGGCUGCCCAGAAGUAUGUGCUUGAUCGCGAACGACGCGGCCGUCGAAAGAGCCUGCUGAACACGUGCCUGACCAAACUGCGCGGCGUGAUGACGCCCUUUGUGUCCAAUAGCUGGGCCAACAAGCUCCAGUACAACCAGAUCUACGGCGGCAUCGUGAGCUCGCAGGGCUUGAAGACCAAGGACCUCAACUCGGACUUCGGCAACACCAUGUACAACGACCACCACUUCCACUACGGCUACUGGGUCCACGCGGCGGCCAUCAUUAACCGCCUCGACCCGACCUGGAGCGAGUUCGGUGGCCAACCUGCUCGUGCGCGACGUGGCCAACUACGACCCGGAGGACAAGUUCUUCACGCGCUUCCGCUUUUCGACUGGUUCCGCGGCCACUCGUACUCGCACGGCGUGACCACGUUCGCCGAGGGCAAGGACCAGGAGAGCACGUCGGAGGACGUCAACUUCGCCUUCGGCAUGUACAUGUUCGGCAAGGCGACCAACAACGCGGCGCUCGAGGCCGUCGGCAAGCUCAUGACGCGCGUCAACGCUCACGCCAUCAAGGCGUACUUCCUCAUCGAGGACGCCAACCAGAUCCACCCGACCAACUUCCGCCUCAACAAGGUCACGGGCAUCUUUUUCGACAACAAGAUGAUCCCCGUGUCGGCCGUCACCGAGUUCGUGCGCACUAAGCAGUUCGUCAAGGAAGAGUGGGAGCAGGUGCUGAACAAGGAGACGAUCGUCACGCGCAAGGACACGUGGCUCUCGCUGCUGUACGCCAGCUUCGCCAUGGUGGACAAGCAGCGCGCGCUGGGUGUGCUGCAGAAGGCCAAGAUGGACGACGGCCUCUCGCGCUCCUGGGCGCUCUACAUGGCCGCCAGCUUCGUCGAGUGA